AUGACGAAGCGUCGGCCGUCAAACAAAAAACCGACGGGGGCUAACAAGUCCCUCGGUAAUUCGCUCAUGAAUGAGCGGAUCAAAGUUCGACAGGCACAUCAACGUUCAAAAUAUGAUGCAGAGCAGAUAGAGAACCCUGCUUUCAUGGAUGUUGAGACUCAUAAAUAUAUUGAUUCCAUCACUGAAGAAACAAGUUUGGAAGAAUUUCUAGCAAAAGCUCAGUUGGCCGGCACAGAAUUUACAGCUGAGCGAGAACAGUUUCGCGUUAUCGAGAAAGAAACACCAGUGGUAGUGCCUUCUCGCAUUGACUAUGAGAACAACCUUGAGCUUCAGCGACAGCUUGAACACAGGCUGAAAAUUCCCAGAAGACCUGCACGAGAUUUGUACAACACGGCUGAGGAACUGACAAGACUAGAAAACGAGAGUUUUCUGAAAUGGAGGUCAGAUCUGGCUGAGCUGCAAGAGAAUGACGGUCUGGCGCUCACACCAUUUGAAAGGAAUCCUGAUAUGUGGAGAGAACUUUGGAGGGUUGUGGAACGGAGCGAUGUUGUCGUGCAGUUCGCGGUAGUUCAACUUCGAGUACAACUUCGGUUAUCCACAUUCGUCAAAGUAACGCGCACUGCGCUG